CGAACGGAACGGGCAGUCGCGGCGAGGCCGGCGAAGGCGAGCCAUCUGCACAGCCCAUGGCGCCCACCCAUGGCUGAGGGCCACGUGAACGGCGGCGCCCAGCGGGCCCAGCUCGAGGCCCACCGGCCCAGCAGCAGGAAGGCCAAGUCCGUCUCCUUCCACAGCGCAACCAGUCUGCCCACCGAGAGGAAAAUCUCCAGCGCUUCGGCAUGCCUGCACUACAUGAUGGUGGGAAGCAGUUUAAUCAAGGUGCGUCCCAACUCAAGACAAUACCACCGAUUUUUCACGCUGACCGAGGACCUCAGCGCUAUUCGGUGGACUCCUACCUCAAAGAAGGCCUCAAAAGCAAUCGUGAACAUAGACAGCAUAAAAGAAAUCCGCGCCGGGAAAAACACGGAGGUGCUGCGCAACCGGGACAUCAGCGCGCACCACCUCGAGGACUGCGCCUUCUCCAUACUGUACGGGGACAACUUCGAGUCGCUCGACCUGGUCGCACCCUCCUCCGAGGAAGCCAACAUCUGGGUCACCGGGCUCAACGCCCUCAUCGGCGCCUCCAAAUCCCCAGACGCAAUCGGCGAGAAGCAGGCGUUGCGGGAAAAGUGGCUGGAACACAUGUUUAACAAGGCGGCCGCCGACCAGGACUGCUUGGACAUCGGCACGGCCAUCAGUCUGAUCCAGAAGCUGAGCGGCCAGACGGCGGCCACGGAGAAAGUCCGGCAGAAACUGAUGGAGUUCGACCAGAUGAAAAUGGACGGCAAGCGCGGACAGGUGGACAGCAAGGAGUUCAUCGACAUGUUCAAAGAGGUCGCCACUCGACCGGAAAUCUACUUCCUCCUCAUCAGAUUCGCUAACAAGGACUACCUGACGCUCGAAGAUCUGCAGCUUUUCCUCGAAGGGGAACAAGGGAUAUCAGACCUGACGAUGGAGCGGUGCGUGUCGAUAAUCCAAAAGCAUGAGCCGAACCCGGAGGCGCGCGAGAAGAACCAGUUGCAAAUCGACGGUUUCACCAAGUUCCUGCUGUCGGAGGACUGCGACAUUUUCGACCCGGUGCAGCGGGCCGUCUGUCAGGACAUGUCGCAACCACUCACGCACUACUUCGUUUCCUCCUCCCACAACUCGUACUUACUCGAGGACCAGGUCAAAGGGCCCUCCAGCGUAGAGGGCUACAUUAGGGCGCUCGGAAAUGGCUGCCGCUGCGUUAAAGUGGACUGCUGGGACGGUCCGGAGCAGCCUCUGGUGUACCACGGCAACUCGAUGACCUCAAAAAUCCUAUUCAGAGACUGCAUAGAAGUAAUAAAGGAGUUCGCUUUCAUUUAUUCUCAGUAUCCUCUAAUAAUUCACCUGGAGAACCAUUGUAGCGUGGAUCAGCAGAGGAUGGUGGCCGGCAUUAUGCGACACGUUCUCAGGGAGCACUUGUACAUUCACAAGGACAACAGCCCCAAGGACCCCUGCCAAAUGAGUCCGAUCGAGCUCAGGGGCAAAAUCCUCAUCAUGGGCAAGAAAUUGGCUGCCGAGUGCAAGGAGGAGAGUGGCGAGGUGAGCGACGAGGACGAGGGCUGCGACAACAACAACCGAAGGGCCAGCACCAUCAAGACGGACAAACCACGCACGAUGGCGCUGUGCCGGGAGCUGUCUGACCUCAUCAGCCUGGUCAGGACCAAGUUUGUCGACUUUGCCACUUCCAAGCAAACCCAGAGAACGAAAGAAAUGUGUUCAUUGAGCGAGUCGGCGGCGACGCGGCUGGCUCACGCUUGCGCCGAGGACUUUGUCAACCACAACAAGUCCUUUCUCACCAAGGUGUUUCCCAACUCGAGCCGCGUCGACUCGAGCAACUUCAACCCUCAGGACUUUUGGAACUGCGGUUGCCAGCUAGUGGCUUUAAACUUUCAAACGCCGGGCCAGAUGAUGGACCUGUACGAUGGUAGAUUUAGGCAGAAUGGUGGUUGUGGCUACGUUUUGAAACCGUCUGUGAUGAGAGAAGAGAUCUCCUUCUUUAGCGCUAAUCUUAGAGACCUUGUACCUGGAGUAGCACCUCAAACCCUUCACAUUAAGAUAAUAAGUGGGCAGCAACUGCCAAGACCUCGGGGGUCGAUGGCUAAGGGGGACGUGAUUGACCCAUACAUUGUGAUCCAACUGUUCGGCAUUCCAGCAGACUGCACUGAGAGAAAAACCAAAACUGUGUCCAACGAGGGCAACUGUCCAAUUUUCGAGGAGAGCUUCGAGUUCCAGAUUGUGCUUCCUGAUUUGGUGCUCGUGCGAUUUGUCGUGCUGGAUGACGAGUACAUUGGUGACGACUUCAUCGGCCAAUACACCAUUCCUUUCGACUGCCUCCAACCAGGCUAUCGGCACAUACGACUUCUUUCCAACACCGGGGAACCCCUGGAGAACUCGUUUCUCUUUGUGCACAUUGCAAUUACUAACAAAAAAGGUGGCGGGCGACCCGCUUCGAAAUCGGAAAAGCUGCACACGGAUAUCAGAACUAUCGGCUUGAAGCAAGUCGAUGAUCAAUUAAAGGGUGCAAUCGCGGACCUGAUGGACGUGCUGAGGGCGCGACAAGACGUGGAGGUGGCCAUGGAGGCGCUCAGGGCGGACUGCGGCCUCAACGAGGCGGCCAACAUGAAACAGUGUCUGAGGGUGCUGCUCCACCGGCUGGCCAGCUGUCCGCACAUCUCGGCCGUCUCCAUCGAAGACUUUGAAGGCGUGUUUCGCUUCAAGGUGGAGUCGUCGGGGAUGCCGCAGCACCUGCAGCGUGGCAUCGGGCUGUUUGAGCGGGUCAUGUCGGAAAUGCAGUUCAUGAUCGAGAACGGAGACCGGCUGCUGAGCCAGAUCAGCAGCCACCACUCGAGUCUGCUCGAGUUCCACGAGGAGCUGCCUGCGCUCGCCAACCAAGCCGGCCUCAAGGGCAAAAAGUACAACAAGGUGCACGAGAACUACACGUGGAACGUGCGCAUCCUCAGGGGACAGAUGGACGUGCUCGAGAGCUGCAAGAAGGAGUGUUUGCAGGCCAUUUCACAGGUGCAGAGUUCUGCGUCGUCGAUGGGGACGUACCUGGCGAAGGAGCGGAGUCCUGCGGGGACGCGCGGGCAGCAGCAACAGCGCAAGUUAAAUUUGUUCUGCAAGCGUCCGUCGCUGGACGCGAUCCACGUGACGCAGCAGCCGGGCAGCCCGACGUCGCCCGGGGGGCCGCCGGCGAGUCCGUCCUCGGUCAAGCCCAAGAGCAUCCUCAAAAAGUCCAACUCGAACAUCGAGCAGAGCAGCGUCGCCGGGUAUGUCUCGCCGACUAACAGCCUCCGCUCUAACUCGUGGAUCUCCACCAACAACCAGUGAUUUCUCUCACUCACACCUCGUGCCAAUAUUUAAAACUAUAUCUAUCUAUCGACCAACAACUACUUUAAUAAAAGCCUCCUGCACUAAAAUCUGACCAUUUAAUGAAAUUAAUCGGAUUUUUUUAAGGAGUAUAUAGAAAUUUAGAAUUAGAACUGAUUUUAACAAAUAAAAUUGUAUUGAGCCGUUGACAGUUGGCAUUGGCACUGAAGAAUUUAUGGAAAAAUUGGCAGUGUUUGCAGUUUUGACCAACCUGCGCGUUUCUAAUAAAAUUUGAAAAAUAUUAUUUCACGUAAAUUUUAAUAAUAAAAAUAAAGCAAUAAAAAAUUUUAAAGUGUAUGAAAAUUAUGAAAAAUAAAUAGAUUCUUGCAAAUUUCUGUCUUGAAAAUCUUAAAACUAUCAUAAAGCUACCAAAAAUAAAACUAUGGUGUUUCAUUAAAUAUUUUGGGACUGUAAAAAUAUAAACAAUAUUUUAAGGAAUUCAAAAUUUGAACCAAAAUUAUGGGAAAUGCCUAGAUUUGUAGUAAUAAAAAUUCCCAUUUUUACAGUGAAGAUUAUAUAUAGAAUCUGUCAAACGUUUCAUGGAUUUUCGUUUCAUAUUUUUAAGAAAAGGAAAUUUAUUCUUGAAAUUUUUAAAUAAUUCACAACUAUUUAUAAUGACGUCAUUAGUCCAUUUAAUUUUUUUAAUAGAACUUUUCUUAGUUUUGUCUAAAAAAAAUUUCGAAACCAAUAAUAAAGUAAAAAUUGGUCCUCAUUUUGAGGUUCUUGAAAAAUUUGGAUAAAAUUUAUCUAAAAACAGAGUUCUUUUAAGCCCUCGAAUAUUCAAAUUAGCCACAAUUUGGCCUAUUUACGUAGUAUAAAACAACAAGUUUUUUUUUUAGAGAAAUAUAAUAUAAAAAUGAGCGUUCAUAGUAUAUCUCACUGGCAUUUAUUUGUAUACUGCUUGAAACUAUUAAAAUAAAAAUGGUGAAUUUAGUGCAGGCAGGAAAAGAAUUACGUUGGUAUAAAUAUUGGCAGGUGGCAAAAAUCACGUGUCUAGUCUGAGUGUGCCUUGUUAUAAUUGAAUUCGGACAUCGCAUCAUUUCUCUCUAUUUUGUCAAUCGCGGGAGUAAGUAAAAUUGCUGUUUUGCGGAAGAAACGUUAAAAUGAAUAAAAUCUACAUGCCUUCCAGUACAGAAUUUAUGCGGUCGUAGCUAACAAUAAGUGUGUGCAAAGAAAAAUAAAAACAAAAUACGAUCGAGAUAUUUUGAUGUUUUAUCCGCCGCGCGCAUGCAAGAAAGAGAAUCAAGUCAGAGUUUUAUAACACGUACAUAUAUAAUAUAUAUUGUAUCGACAUACUGUAAUUGUAGGCGAUAGCUCUGUAAAAUAAUUUGUUGAUUGUGAUUUGAUUUGAUUGUUAAUUGAAGGAUGGACCGGCGGAUGGGGCCUCUGUCGCGCCACAGACCCACUUUUGACCAAUAGCUCAAGCAGCAGGUACCGCAACAAAUCCACUUCUAUAAUUAAUUUCAUUUAAAGACCGUCUCUGACGAAGUUUCUGAGCACACCAAUCGAUCCCUGAGGGUCGAAGUAUAGCUAGAGUCGACGUUUUUCCGAUCAAAAAGUCCAGUACGACGUGCCAACUUUUUUCCCCGCCAAAACAAUUUGAAUGCGAGAACUCCGCAUGCGUGAGAGCUGGUUUGAGCACUUGCAGAGAGACCGCCUCUACUAUCGACUUCUUUGUCAAAUCCAGCCAGCUAUGACGAUGCGCAGGUCGCGCAUUCAAAUUGUUUUGGCGGGAAAAAAGUUCGCACGUCGCGAUGGACAUUUUGGUCGGAAAAUAUAUCCACUUUUCCUAAUUCGACCCUCAAGAAUCGAUUAGUGCGCUCAGAAACUUCGUCAAAGACAGCCUUAAAUACUAUUAUAUCCAACCAAGCUAUAAAUUUUGAGUGUGUGCUGAGCUAAAGUAAACGAUUUACAGAUUUUAAUACACGCGCUGUGUUCCACUCGUGAAAUUAAUAAAUUAUAAAUAAACAUGUAGAGCGAGUGCGGAGAGUGAAUGCGGCUCUUAUUGUUCAUCAAUCAAAGUGUGUAGUUCUGUGUGUCACGCGUAAUUCAGUUGGAUUAUUAACAAGAGAGUAGGUGUAUCAUAGUUUCCGUGUGCGAUGUAUGGACAAGAACAGACGACGAAUAAUAUGAAACCUAACUAUCUGUACAGUA